UGGUGAUUUUCUAAGAAUAAUCUUUGGAAUCAUGAGAACACUCCGUAUUGGGUGAUUUCCCCUUUUCUGUUUCCCCUUGCUUAUGAAAAUAAAAGAGUGAGGUUACCAAGGCAAAAGCAGAAGCUGUAGCAGAAGCUACUGCAGAAGUCCCAAGUGACCUGUCAGCUUGCAUGAGCACUGUCUCUGAGUCGUUACUACACCUUCCAGGUAUCCCGUCCUUCAGACCCCUAAAACUGCUGAGGCUGGUCCCCGGCAGGCUCUGAAACUUAUAAAGUACUCCACCAAGAGUUAUCUUUGAGUUCUGGCCUUCCUACAAUAUGGGAAGAUAGUCUGCUCUCUGAUCCUACAGGUGAGGCAAUGGACCUCACCAUGACCGUUGCUGUACAUAUAAUGAAAACAACUUAGUGGAUGGUGUUUAUUGUCUCCCAGUAGGACACUGGAUUGAGGCCACUGGGCACACCAAUGAAAUGAAGCACACAACAGACUUCUAUUUUAAUAUUGCAGGCCACCAAGCCAUGCAUUAUUCAAGGAACUAAAUUCAGGCUUGGCUUUGAAGAGGAGCCGGUUUAAUUGGUUUUGUGUGCUGUGCAAGUUCUGCUGCAAGGAGCUGAGCAGAGAGCAUGGGCGAGCUGGGAAGCCAGGACAUGAAUGCAGUGACGUAUGCCGAUGUACAUGUCAACUUCGAUCGGGAAGAGUGGGCUUUGCUGGAUCCUUCCCAGAAGAAGCUAUACAAAGAUGUGAUGCUGGAGACCUACAGGAACCUGACUGCUAUAGGCUACAGUUGGGAACAUCAGAAUACUGAAAAUCAUUUUCAGAGUUCUAGAAGAUGUGGUAGGCAUGAAAGAAAUCAUACUGGAGAGAAACUCUCUGAAAAUACUGAAUGUGUUAAGACCUUAGCAUAUCACAGUCAUCUACAAAUACAUGAAAGUACCUAUACUGAAGAGAAACCCUAUGCAUGUAAUCCAUGUGAUAAAGCCUUUGCAUAUUACAGUACUCUCCAAAGUCAUAAAAGAACACAUACUGGAGACAAAACUUACAAAUUUAAUCAAUGUGGCAAAAUCUUUGCCCAUCAGAACAGUCUUCAAAGAACAUAUGCUGGAGAGAAACCUAAUGAAUGUAGUCAGUGUGGUAAAGCCUUUGAAUGUCAAAAUAAUCUCCAAAAACAUAAAAGAACUCAUACUGCAGAGAAACCCUAUGAAUGUAGUCAUUGCAAUAAAUCCUUUGUAUGUCAAAAGAAUCUCCAAAUACAUAAAGGAAAACAUACUGGAGAGAAACCUUAUGAAUGUAACCAAUGUGGUAAAGCCUUUGCAUAUGAUAGUCUUCUCCAAAUACAUAGAAGAACACAUACUGGAGAGAAACCCUACAAAUGCAAUGAAUAUAAUAAAGGCUUUUCAGAACACAGUAAACUCCAAAUACAUAAAAGAAGACAUACUGGAGAGAAACCAUACAAAUGUAAUCAAUGUGAUAAAUCCUUUUCACAGAAUGGUCAUCUUCAAAAUCAUAAAAGAACCCAUACUGUAGAGAAACCCUAUGAAUGUAAUCAGUGUGGUAAAGCCUUUGCCUAUCACAAUGGUCUUCAAAGACAUAAAAGAGGACACACUGGAGAGAAACCUUAUGAAUGUAAUCAAUGUGGUAAAGCCUUUGGACAUCAAAGUCGUCUCCGAAUACAUAGAAGAACACAUACUGGAGAGAAACCCUACAAAUGUAAUCAAUGUAAUAAAGGCUUUUCAGAACACAGUAAACUUCAAAUACAUAAAAGAACACACACUGGAGAGAAACCCUACAAAUGUAAUCAAUGUGAUAAAGCCUUUUCCCAACAUAUUCAUCUUCAAAAUCAUAAAAGAACCCAUACUGGAGAGAAACCCUUUAAAUGUAAUCAGUGUGAUAAAGCCUUUGCCUAUCACAAUGGUCUUCAAAGACAUAAAAGAAGACACACUGGAGAGAAACCUUAUGAAUGUAAUCAAUGUGGUAAAGCCUUUGUAUGUCAAAGUGGUCUCCAUGUACAUAAAAAAACACAUACCGGAGAGAAACCCUAUAAAUGUAGUCAAUGUGAUAAAGGAUUUUCAGAACUCAGUAAACUUCAAACACAUAAAAGAACACACACUGGAGAGAAACCUUAUGAAUGUCGUCAGUGUGGUAAAGCCUUUGGAUGUCACCGUAUUCUUCACGUACAUAUGAGAACUCAUACUGGAGAGAAACCUUAUGAAUGUAAUCAAUGUGGUAAAGCCUUUGCACAUCAGAAUAGUCUCCGAAUACAUAAAAGAACACAUACUGGAGAGAAACCCUACAAAUGUAAUCAAUGUGAUAAAGCCUUUGCUUGUCAACGUAGUCUCCAAAUACAUAAAAGUACACAUACUGGAGAGAAACCUUAUGAAUGUAGUCAAUGUGGUAAAGCCUUUGGACAGCGUAGUCAUCUUCGAAUGCAUAAAAGAACACACACUGGAGAGAAACCCUACAAAUGUAAUCAAUGUGAUAAAGCCUUUAUAUGUCCUAGUAAUCUUCGAUCUCAUAACAGAAUACAUACUGGAGAGAAACCCUAUGAAUGUAAUCAGUGUGGUAAAGCCUUUGCACAUCAGAAUAGUCUCCGAAUACAUAAAAGAACACAUACUGGAGAGAAACCCUAUGAAUGUAAUCAAUGUGGUAAAGCCUUUAGAUGUCAUAGUCAUCUUCGAAUUCAUAAAAGAACACAUACUGCAGAGAAACCCUAUGAAUGUAAUCCGUGUGGCAAAGCCUUAGCAUGUAUCACUAGUCUUCAAAAUCACAAGAAAAAUCAUACUGCAUAG